UUUUGUUUUUCUCUUUUCUUCAGAUCCUAAAAAAUGGAAAACUUUGGUGCCAAAAAUAGGCAAAAUCAUAAUACCCAAAACCCACCAAUGAAAUCUGACAAAUGUUUGUUGUCAACACAAAUUUUGUUGAGAAUUUUGGCAAUUGCAUUCACAUUGGCAGCCACUUCGAUGAUUCUCACAAGCAAACAGGCGGUUACUGUAUUUGGCAUUGAAAUGGAUGCACGCUAUAGUUAUUCUUCAGCUUUCAAGUUCUUUGCUAUUGCAAAUAUGAUUGGAUGUGCCUUCUCUGUUUUGUCACUGAUUUUGGCCUCUGUUCUUGGCCAUAAAACUCCUGACCCAAAGAACUAUUUUUACAUGUUCAUUCAUGAUUUGAUUACGAUGGCAUUGCUACUGGCUGGAUGUGCAGCAGCAACAGCAGUUGGAUAUGUGGGAAAAUAUGGAGAGAGUCAUUCAGGAUGGAUGCCAAUUUGUGAUCAUGUUGACAAAUUUUGUCGCAAAGUUUCACAUAGUAUCAUGCUUUCUUAUGUUGCAAUGAUACUCUACCUUUGCCUCACUAUAAUAUCUGCAAAUCAAUCCAGAAAAAUCAUAGUUUAACAAUUAGAAACAAAAAACAAUGAUCAAUAUGAUUUGAUCAAUGUUGUUCUGGUUUUAUAUAGUAGUGUUGUUGUAGGUUUGUUUUAGUUUUUGGUGUAAUCAUUACUUGCUUCUAGUUGCUAGCUACUUUUUAUAUAUACAUAUAUGAAAUUAUAUUAUCCUUA